UCCAACACUGAACCUGUUGAGCGUGUUGUGUUUGCCGGUGCCGCCAAUAAAAUUUUCUGUGGUUCCUCCUGCAUAUUUCAUAAAGAUGCCCAAUUCUGCCAACAUGAGUUACCGGGAGGUCAUCCCCAAGAACCUUAAUCCGGCAGAGUGGAUAGAAGUGAAGAUAAACACGGGAACCCAGAGCACUCUGCAGGAUCUCAAGACAUUCGAGACCUCCGGCGGCUACUGCUACAAGCGAUGUAAUAAUAAACAAUACAGGAACCGCUUUAUUUAUUGGCGCGCAAACCAGGAUGUCCUUGAACUAUCGGAGGUCAGUCUGGACAUCUCCCUGCAGAGAAACCACUUGCGCCUACGCUUCACCGACUCGGCCGUGUUGAAUGUUAGUCUGGCAGAGCAGCAGAGGAGCAUCACCCUGCUGGUGGUCACCGUCAGCAGUGUGCAUCGGUAUGUGUUCCCCCUGAAGUCGGCUGGCCAAGAUGAAGGUUUUAGCAGCAUACCGGAGGAUCUGCUGUCCCAAUCCAUAUUCUACGAAGUAAAUGAGAAGAUCAACGAGCCGAGCAGCUUCUAUGUGACGGAUGGCUUUGGAACGAUACCGCCCAAUGUGGCGGAAUCCUAUAUCUCGCAGGACACCCUCAGUGCCUACUUUGCAGUGGCCUACGAGGAUAAGCUGCUGCUCCAUACCAUGAACUGCAGCACCGGCCACACGACCACCAACGAGGUCAAGGAGCCAUAUUUAAUGCCACGCUUUCUGUCCAACCUCAAGGGGGCUCUGACUGGCCGCUCGGAGACUCAGGAGGCAGCCAUGUCCAUGGCAUUCAGCGAAAUUGAGGGGUAUCUUUACAUCCUAGUCCUUUACCGGAACAAUGAGCUGCGAUUGUGGUCAGUGGAUGGCCUGCAGACGGUGGCCAGCACAAACUUCUCUGCCGGCUCCAGUCACGCAGGUUCAGGAGCUCAAGGACCUCAAAAUAAUCAAAUGCGCAAAAUUAACGAUCGGGACUAUUGUUUGUUCAUCUCCCACGACAACGGGGCCGAGUUCAUCUGCUUGAGCAUCGUGCCCAAUUCCGAAGAUCACAAAGGUAUCAUGUUGGUGACACACGAGGAAACAGCGGAAGCGGCGCCCCAAAUGGAUCUUAUCAACUUUGAUGCCACCGACUCGCAUAUCUGGGCCCUUUGGAGCAAUGCUGAGGGUGAAUUUCAUGUCUCGGCAGGACAUAUGAGUUCAAAGAAAGUGGUUAAAUGGGUUUCCGCUGCCCUGGAAGCUCCACCGGAUCGCUAUAGCCUCACAAUUGAUCAGGACCAUGUCAAUCCCCGAGAGGCGUACUGCUCGUACAUCUUCCAUCCGGGACGCUUUGAUCGACACGUGAUUACCAAGGCCCUGUAUAUGUUUAGGCGCGUCAACAUGCAGUUGGAUGUGAAGCAGCUCUCGAUGUCCGUGCUGAAGGAGCAGGUGUGCACGGCCGUCGAGGACGAGAUCCAGAACGAGCUGAAGGACUUUGAGGUCCCCGACGACGUCUACUGGGAGAUAGCAACGCGUCUCUGGGACCGCUUCUACUCAUGCUGCGAACAGUACCACAUCAAAUUCUCAGAGCUCAUGGGGCUGGCUGUCCUCGGCGGCAUGGAUGCUGUGUGUUUGGUCAGGCGCCAGUCAUUCUCACUUCUGCGUCCCUGCGAAGUGCUGGAGCAUCUGCUGCUCAUCGGCAGUGACAGCAAAAGGGUGGCCACAUUUGUGGCACCCAUUUUCCGUAGCGAUCCCGCAAUGGCCACGAGAUUUGUCAACGUCAUGCAGGUAGUGACGCUGCUGGAGGGGCUGAUCUCGGACGACAUGAGAGUUGAGAUGGACAAGCAGCUGUACGAUCGCGAGUGCCCAGUUGAGGUGAUAUCCAAGGUGGUAUCCCGUCUGGCAGCGAUGUCAGCGGAUAACUUGAAGGCCAUAACACAGAAGUUUCAGGACAUACCCAAUGUUAAGCCGGCUGUGGAAAUGCUACUCGAUGUGCUGAGCAUCAUCGAUCCAGAUGCUCCGCGGCAUGAUUAUUCCGCUUCAUCGCGAUUCCUGCAGCCAACGGGUGCUUUUUUCGGCAGCGAAUAUGGACUUGCCAUCUUGGCCGAAACGGUCAAACAAAUGGCCAUGACACGCUUAGCUGUCUGUCGGAACCUGUUAAUACUGCAGUAUCUGGUGUGCAAGCCAGCUGGAAUGAGUACCUCUAACAUUUCCACAAACAUCAAUUAUAUGCACUGCUAUAGCACCUUGGUCUGGAUCGCCGACACACCCAUUUCCCUGACUGCACCAGCUGGAUUUGAGGCUUCCAUCCAGCGACUGAGCCGUGCCCAGCUAUUUAGUGGCUACACUCGUCCCUAUGCCAGCCAGUUGCGGAACCUGGGCAAUGACCAGACCACGCUGCUCAGCCUCUUCCUGCAGUCCAAGGGCCUCGCCAGCGCCCUUGCCAUGAUACAGAAAACCGACAGCCUGCAGCUGGAGACUGAGCCGUUUAACCUGCGCGAUGUGCUGCUCCAACUUGUGGGUUCCAUCAACAAGAUGCUGUGGCCCGAGUCGCCAAUCUACGUGUUCCCCGAAUGGCUACUGGGCACCUGCCAGCACAUCAUCGUGCAGGACUAUGUGCGCCUCUUGUCCGGCUGGUGUACGACAAAGGCCGAUGCAAGACGCUUUGUGCUGGCCGUAUCUCUGCUGGACUGCGGGGAGGCGCACAAGGCAGUCCAUCAGUUUCAGGAAACAGCUUCCUCCGUGGUCGAAGACGACUUCCUAGUUGAGCACGUACUAAAGAGCACGCCUCUGUACAGCAAGUUGCAGGAGAAUGUCGUCCAAGGUGAGGAGGCAGUGUCGGAGGAGGACACCAAGGCGGCCAUUGUUCAAUAUUACCUGAAGGUGAUCAAGCUCUUUGAGCAGUACUCGGCGCUGGACUGUAUAAACCAACUGGCCAACGAAGCCAUGAAAAUCCUAAAGUACGACGAUCCGCAGCUGCCCAUGUUCCAGUCCAUUGUGUUCAACAUUCAUCUGCAGUGGGGUCACUAUGAUCAGGCCUACCACGCCCUGGUGAACAACGCCGAUACGUCGCGGCGAAAGGAUUGCCUGCGACAGCUGGUCAUAACGCUGUUCAACACCAAGAAACUGCAGCUGCUCAUGAGGUUCUCGUACCACGGCCUGCAGAACGAGUUCGAGGACAUUGUGGAGAGUCGGGCCAGGGCCCUGAGCAUCGAUCAGAACGAUGUCUACAACUUUUUGUACGCCUUCCAUACAGACAAGGGGAAUAUGCGUAAAGCGGCAACGGUUAUGUACGAGCAGGCCAUGCGCCUGCAAGUGGACAGUGAUGCCCCCAAUGCCCUGGAGAAGCGCUGCUCCUCGCUCUUGGUUUGCCUGAACAGCUUGCACUUGGUGGACAGCCGUUACAGAUGGAUUGCCAAGCCCACCAUUGGCGACGAAAGGGUGGGUUCAAUGGACAAAAACGAUGACGAACUAAAUGAACUUAGGGACGAGGCCAAGGAAGAGGUGAUUGUCCUGGAGCUGCCCGAUAUUCGCCGGGAACUGGUCCACGCCGAGGCCAUACUCGAGCUGUCCCAUUUCCGCAAAGACGCCGCUUCCUAUGAUCGCGCCUCACCCGAAGAGUUGUCCUAUCUUCUGGCCAGCUGUGGUCUGUACACGGCUGCCCUGAAACUGUCCCGGGGACACACCUUCUCCGUGCUGCCCAUAUUCGAGAGCCUAACGACGGCUUGUGUCACGGCCACAGAGGAUAAGUCGGCGAAUGCCUGGAGCUGGUUGCAAAACAACGAUAUGGCAGAUCUUCCCCAUCGAAACAAUGCUGCCGACAUGGCCUGGGCCCUGCUCGAGAAGCUCUUGGGGGAUAACGAGGAGAAGAACUCCACGCUGAUCAAGAAGAGCAUCGUAAACAGACUUCUUGUGUUGAAUGCCUUCGUGCCCCAGUGGCUGAUGGAUUCGUACAAGCUGGCCAACUCCCGGGAGCUCCUGCAUCUUUUCGUGAAGCACAACCGCCUGCUGGAAGCCGCUGAUCUGGGCCAUGAGAUGAUCGGCGGCAUGCUGGGUGCAGGCUGCGAGUACUUUGACUUUGGGCAUUCGGUGAACGUAGCGAGUCCCCAGCUCGCCUUUCCCAUCAACACAAUCGAUCUGCUGCUGCACGCACUGAAGGUCAAUGGCAAGGAGGACAUCGAGUAUGAAAUGGCCAACAUCAAGCUGGAGGAGCAAGUCCGCAGGUACAUUGACACGGUCAAACGCACAACCGAGGACAAAAUGAGCAUGGCCAUCCUGCAGAGUCGCGAGGAACGACAGCAGCAGCAACAGCCGCUUUUCCAUUAAAUAUCUUGUUUCAUACAGUUUUUCUUUAUAAGAUAUUCGAAAUAAGUUAUACAUUUACAUUAAAAGUCAUCCGUCAUAACUA